AUGUCAAAAGGCGAGCUAACAUUAACCCAUUCUCCUUCAAAGUCUUCCACAUACUUUUUUACAGAAAUCCUGAAGAAACCACCUGUAGAAAGCAAAGAAUUACAGAAACUAAAAGAGGAUAUUUAUUAUUAUGACCUAAUUCAGUAUUGUAUACUGGUGCUUAAACAAGACUACUACAAUAUUCCAGGAAGCUGGUCCACAGCUGUAGAUCUGGCUGAGAUAGUCAGUACUGUCUGUGUUGGUCUGAAUCCAAAGGAAGAUGUUGAAGAGUUUUAUGAAAAGGUUUUGCCAUCAGCUUCAGAUAAUCUGAUGAUGUUGGCACGACGCCUGCAAACUCGAUUCCUCCAAGCUGUUGAGGAUGACAUCAAACAAGAUUUUCUGCGCUGUUUCCUCAAUGUGACUAACUCCCUUUGCUGGCUUCUUAGUGACCACAUUCAGCUGAUUCAACAUGUGCUUCAGUCUGAUCGCCUCCUUCAGUUGUUGCUCACUGACGAUGUGGAAACUGGAGCUAUUAUGGUGUCUGUCCUGCUUGGUAUCCUGCAGGUGAACAGGACAGUGUUGUUCUCUGUGGAUGAGAAAAAUAUCCUCCUAAUCCUGGAUGAAUUAAUUUACAAGCUUUUUGCAACCAGCAAUCCAGUUAUAGGAAGCACAUCUAUCAAAGUCAUGCUGUUGAUAGCAGAGACCCAUCCUCCCACCUUGAAGAUACUUUGCAACAAUUACAAAGGCUUACGUCCUCUCUUGAGAAAACAGUGGACAGGAAGAGGUUUUGACAAGGAGUUAAAUCAGCUUUUGGAACUCCUUUAUGCUGGGUCCACACAAGGAGUAAGUCAACAGAAGUUCCACAGAUGUGCAUGCCUGAUCCAAGCAGCAUGGAGAGCAUAUCAGACAAGAAAGCGGUUGAAGUGUCUUCCGAAAGCGGUGACAACUUUACAAAGGAGUUUCAGGGCCAAACGUGAGCAGGAAAUGCAACAGCUGGAGAAGAAGAGAGAGGAGGAGGAGCUUAAACGUCAGCUUCAGCUAAGACGACAUCGAGCUCUCCGAGAGUUUCGACAGCGGCAACUGAGCUUACUGGAAUUAGUUCCUGCAAGCGAGAUGGACAAGUACCUACAGGAAGAGCGAGAACGGUCAGCACUGCUGAUUCAAAAGGUUUGGCAUGGAUACAGGCACAGAAGGGACUUCAACAAACAGAAGCAGGCCCUUAAGGAAUUCCGAGCAGCUGUUGUGAUCCAGAGAGCUGUCUUGAAGUUCUUAAAAAAGCGUGGAAACCGGAGUCCGUGCAUCAUGCCCUGGCAGGGACCAUCAGGUCUCACCGACACACGGAGGCUUAAACUGCGUGCUAAAGUUGAUGCUUAUGUCAAACUUCAUCCAGUUCCUCAAGCGUCUGAGGAGAGAACAAAAGAGCGACAUUCCCAGGCUCAGGAGAUGUUGGGUCAGUACCUGAUGAGGAGAAACUUGGAACGGAAGUCCGAGCAGCGGCAGGAGGCUCUGCUUGCCCAAAUCAACACUGAUGUUGAGCUACUGAUGAACGCUCCAGGUUUGAAGGAGGCCACAGAGAAGGACGUGGAGGUGUUUAGCAGCAGGUCUGUACCUGUUGCAGCCAGGGCAAGGCAGUCCCACAAUACCAUGCUGCAGUACACACGGGGACCCUGGUGGAAGAAGCUUGGAGAUGAGUUCCAGGAUCCUGAAAUGAUCGACACUGAAGACAUGGAUUUUGAUCUGAUGUUGUGAUAUAGGGAGCAGUGCCUUAAAAGCGUUAGCAGGGUGCCCCCCACGUUUGAACUGAACAUAGGCACAAAUGGCAAGUGUGCAGCCCAUGCUCAUAAGUAAGAGGCCCCACUGUGCGCUUGCUCUGGGUGCCGUUGUCUGGAGCCACAAGAAGAAAAGAUGGAGCUUGAUUUGUAUGGCAUUCUUUUAAAGGCGCUAAUGCAAUGUAGCUGCCAAUUUGGACAUAGCAAGAUUCCAAAAUCAGUGAUGUUAAUCUGUUUCAGUUGCAUUGGUUGAGGGAUGAAUAUUAACCAAGAGACCUCCUUUGCUCUUCUUCCCCUGAAAUGGCAAGUGGGAACUCAAUUCAUCUAGAAGUUGGCUCUCUGGCAAUGCAACAUUCCCUGAAGGUUCCUGAAACAGCCGCGGCAUAAGUGUUAAUCUGUUGUGGUGGUUUCACUUGAGGGGUAAGUGUUGGUCCCUAGCAUUAGGAGGCUGUUGGAACUUUGAACAACAAAACUGGAGAAAAUGCGACAUUUCAGCCCUGAUAUAGGAGUCUUAUGACAGGCACGUAGAACAGCAGUCAACACAGAAAAAGCCAAAUGCAGGGCAAUGCUUCAGGAUACAAUACAGACUGAUCUAAACAAGUACGGACAAAAAAUUAGACUAAUAUGAAAAAGUUUCAGACAAAAAGUGAUGAACAUCUAAAGUGAAUUUCCAAACCGGAUAGUGGAUGCAAAGACCUUGGAUAUUUUAAGGAACAAUUAAGUGCCUCAUAAAUGGAGGUACAUUUUCUCUGGAUGGAUAGAAUACAACUGGCUGAAUGGCCUUCUGCAUCAAUGUGAUAUUUUCUAUCUUUUUGAAUAAAGUUGUUUAUUAAACUUC